CUCAGUGGAGAACACUUUGCAUCUUCUCCAUUUCUCACUUUUCAAUUUUCACCCCGCCGCCUUUCUCACUCAUGGAUUCUUCUUCUCUACCCAUGCGAGCUUCUUGUUCAUCUUGUUCAUCCUACUCUUCAAAGCUUCGAAUUCCAAUUCCCUCUCGACUUUCAUUCAGCUUCUUCGGAUCUAUCAAAUGUAUUCACACCUCAAAUUUUGAUUCAAAAUCAUCCCUUUUCGUUCCCAUCAAACCAAUUGAUCAAAACCCCACUUCUUAUUCUUAUUCCCGUGCCGUUACCUCUUCUUCAUCGAUCUCCGAUGUUGCCGUAUCAAAAUUGCAGUUUCUCGUAUCAGAAUUUGAAUCUAUAUCCGAGAGUAUCGACCGUGUUAAGCUUCUUCUUCAUUAUGCAACCCUUUUGCCUCAGGGAGAUGAUUCACUGAGGUCUGAGUCGAAUCGGGUGAUGGGUUGUACGGCUAGGGUUUGGUUGGAUGCGAAGAUGGAUAGUGAAGGGAGAAUGAGAUUUAUUGCUGAUAGUGAUUCGGAGAUUACUAAAGGAUUCUGUUCGUGUUUGAUUUUGAUUCUUGACGGUGCUUAUCCUUAUGAAGUUAUGGGAUUGAAGACAGAGGAUUUAGUGCCUUUGAAUGUUGUUGGGUUACAGGGGAAAAGUAAUUCUAGGGCGAAUACAUGGUAUAAUGUUUUGAUUGGUAUGCAGAAGAGAACUAAAGCUAUUGUUGCAGAGAAAGAAGGGUUGCCGAGGAGUGAUCUGUUUCCGUCUUUAGUUAUAAAUACAGAUGGGAUACAAGCAAAUGGAAACUUUGCUGAAGCUCAGGCAAGAUUCUUGUUUCCUGAUGAGUCGAAGGUUGGUGAACUUGUUAAUGUGUUGCGUGAGAAGAAAAUUGGUGUUGUUGCACAUUUCUACAUGGAUCCUGAGGUGCAAGGUGUCUUGACUGCUGCAAAGCAACAAUGGCCUCACAUUAACAUAUCUGACUCAUUAGUUAUGGCAGAUGCAGCAGUCAAUAUGGCUAAAGCUGGGUGUCAAUAUAUCACAGUUUUAGGUGUGGAUUUUAUGUCAGAGAAUGUGCGUGCUAUUCUUGAUCAGGCUGGCUUUACAGAGGUGGACGUGUACAGGAUGUCAAACGAGCAAAUCAGUUGCUCUUUGGCAGAUGCUGCAUCUAGCCCUGCAUAUACGAAAUAUCUUGAAGCAGCUUCUUCUUUAUCUUCUCCUUCUCUUCAUGUUGUCUAUAUUAAUACCUCUCUCGAAACAAAAGCCAACUCUCAUGAACUUGUGCCCACAAUAACCUGUACAUCAUCUAAUGUCGUGCCCACGAUUUUACAGGCAUUUGCUCAAGUACCUAAUUUAAAUGUGUGGUAUGGACCUGAUACCUACAUGGGUGCAAACAUCAUGGAGCUUUUCCAGCAGAUGACUAUAAUGACUGAUGAAGAAAUUGCAGAGGUCCAUCCGGAGCAUAAUAGAAGCACAAUUAAGUCGCUGCUGCCUCACCUGAAUUACUUUAAGGAAGGAACAUGCAUAGUACACCAUCUUUUCGGACAUGAAGUAGUGGACAAGAUUCGCGAUGUGUAUCCAGAUGCAUUUCUAACUGCUCACUUUGAGGUCCCAGGAGAAAUGUUUGCUCUAGCCAUGGAAGCAAAAAGCAGGGGAAUGGGAGUAGUUGGUUCUACUCAAAACAUUCUAGAUUUCAUCACGCUGAGGCUAAGAGAGGCUUUGGACAGAAAUGUUGUUGAACACUUGCAGUUUGUCUUGGGGACAGAAUCAGGAAUGGUUACAUCGAUUGUAACUGCUGUUCGCAAAUUACUUGUUGAUUCAGAAGAAUCCUCCGGUGGGAAGGCCAAAGUCAGCGUCGAGAUUGUUUUUCCUGUCUCGUCAGAAUCUGUAUCAACAACAACAGAAAGGGAUUCCCAUGGCCUUAUUCUGAAUGAAGUUAUUCCCGGAGUUGCUAGUGGCGAGGGUUGUUCAAUUCAUGGCGGAUGUGCCACAUGUCCAUACAUGAAGAUGAAUUCUCUGAACUCCCUCCUGAAAGUUUCCCACCACCUACCCGAAAACAAAUAUGGAAUCUCAGCCUAUGAAGCAGCACGUUUCAACUCAAAGACAGCUCAAGGAAAAUCGGUGGCUGACGUGGGUUGUGAACCAAUCCUACACAUGAGACAUUUUCAGGCAACAAAAAAACUGCCCGAGAAGCUUGUGGAUCAGAUUCUUCAUCUCUCGGGUAAUGGUAAGUCCACAUGAACCAGCUCUUUGUAAGGUUUGUUGCUUUGAUGAAGCCGAAAUAGGUUUCUGAAGAACAAUUAUAGUUAUUGGUUAUUGGUUAUUUACACAUAUUAAUCUCUAUAUUAUAUUGAAUUGGUGGUUGUGUUACAAUAAACUCAAGGUGUUGCAUAUUUUCGAUUUUUUUAGACGAUUGAAUUAUAUUGUGUCGAUUUGUC